AUGCAUACUAUCCGCCCUCCACUCUUCGUACUUGCAUUUGUCUUGGCUGUCACCCAAUUGGCAACAUCCCAGCCAAUCCGGACCAGCAGAUGGGUUAAGAUAGCCCAAUUCCCAGACCCCAAUGCGAGCGGGACUUGGAAGGUCUUCGAGAAAGAGGGAUUCGACCUAUUGCCCGACCCACCACACGUCAGAUACUACCAGAACCCAAUAUGGCAAAAAAGCCAGAGCAACGAACCCACAGAGCAAGAACCACCAAGUAACCGCUAUGUGAAGGGAGUAUCCGAAUCGGGCAAACCAACCGUUUCAAUCCUGGUCCCAGAACGAACCACCGGGCAAAUGCACCAAUCCCUCCAGCAUACGGAAGAGCAUGGACAUUCCACUUCCGAGGACAAGGAGAAAUCUAUCAAUGCGAUCCACGCACUCGAUAUCCAGAGACAGAAGCAUUAUAGUGAAGUCUUGCAAUAUCUUCACAUGAAACAUGACUUGAAUACCAAGUACAAAGACCUGGUGUCCGCUUCUUCUUUGUCCUCUUCAUCAUCGGGCCAGUCGAGCUCUUCCUCUGCAUUCGGCUUCUCUUUGCCGAGUAUGAGAUCAAAAAACGUGGUAUCUCCGAUGGUUAUGAUCCUUUUAGUGGUGGUUUGGAUUGCCAUUUUCACCGUCGGGAUCCUGGAAUUGGGGAGCUAUCUCUGGAGACGGAGGAUGCAGACUUCCAACAGGCAUAGCGAGGAGCGGAAUGUGGGUGAUGAGAAAAUGAGAAUACCGCUGAAAGUUAUUACUGAGUGCAGUCGGCCGGCUGUGACUGGGUAUGGGUAUGAGGUUUUGAAUGCCUCGCCCAGGAAUUCUGAGUCGGACUCGGCGUUGGAGUCUGAUGAGGAUGAUUAUCGUAUUAUUUGA